AUGCUCAACCUCCAAAACAAAGUCGUCCUGAUCACCGGUCUCGGCCAAACCAGCGACGAAGGCUGGGGCAUCGGCGCCGCCAUCGCGACGCUCUUCGCACGACAAGGCGCAAUCAUAUACGGCGGCAACCGGUCCCUGUCAUCAGCCACACGCGCACAAACCCGGAUCCAGAAGGAAGAAGGAACAUGCGACGUACAGGAGACAGACGCGACGAGCUCCAUCAGCGUCAAGCAACUAGUCGACAACUGCAUGGCACGACACAGCCGCAUCGACAUCCUAGUCAACAACGUCGGGCGCUCCGAGCCCGGCUGUCCGGCCAGCAUGUCAGAAGAUAUCUGGGAUGCACAGAUGGACAUCAACCUAAAAAGCGUCUAUCUGACGUGUCACUACGUUCUCCCGAUCAUGGAACGGCAAGAAACGGGCGGCGCCGUCGUGAAUGUCGCCAGCAUCGCCGGUCUGCGGUAUAUCGGAAAACCGCAGGUGGCGUACUCAGCGACCAAGGCGGCUAUCAUGCAAUUUACUAAGGCUACUGCCGUGGUGUAUGCCGAAAAGGGGGUGAGGUUGAAUACGGUGGUGCCGGGGUUGAUCUACACGCCGUAUACAAAGGCGCUGGCAACGAGGUAUGCGCCGGGAGGGGAUGAAGAGGCGUACAUGGCGAUGCGAGAUGCGCAGGUGCCGAUGGGACGCAUGGGCGAUGCGUGGGACGUGGCGCAUACCGCGUUGUUUCUGGCUGCAGACGAGUCACGAUAUAUUACGGGCCAGGAGAUUGUGGUUGAUGGGGGAAUUACUUCGUCUACAGGGAGAGUCUGA